UAAAACAACACUUUACCUCCUGGCUGUUAUUUUUUUCUGGCUCAACAUCCUAAGAGGUACCAUUGGAGCUCCUGCUGUGGUCCUUUAAAAGUUGAACACCCUUAUAGGAACCAAAACUGCUUUUUCAACUCCUAAAAGGUAUGAUGAGCACCCCGUCUUUUUUAUAUUGGAUUCCCCCCCACCCCCAGGAUACUGGGAUGAGGUGGAAAAGGUGUGGUGGUCUAAUAGCUAAUGUUUUUCUCUCCUGAUCGAACAUUCUUGAUUUGAACCCUGGCUGGGGCUUUGACUAUGUUGUUGGGCAAGACACAUGUAAUCUAGCUAUAGGCCUAAUUAAAAUUAAUACAACUGCUGGCUAGCAGAUUUUUCUUCUUGAUGUGGGGAAAUCAGAUUGUUUCGCUGGGGGAGGGGAGGGGGUCUGUGUAUUUACAACUCUCCCAUAGAGGUAAAUCCAUUUUGCUUGCAUUGCAUCAUGUCACAUUGCAUCCAAAGAGUUUGCUCCUGACUGAUCCCUCCCCACGAGGGAAGUACACAGUAUGCAUUAUUUUACUUUUUCCACUGAAAAAACAGUGCAAUGGAAUGGUUCCUUAUGGUUAAGUGUCCUAACAUUGUCAUGGUUACCCUCUAUGGUCAGCUAGUAGUUAAUGUAGCUCUACCAGCCUUAUAGCAACAUUCUCCUUGUUCAUCUAUAAAUUUGUUGUUGAGUGUAAUGUAGUGGUAAAAUAUUGUUUCCAUUGGCCAUAUGCUGCAUGAUUGCCUGAACUGGAAAAACAAGGUUUCCAUUCCAGAAGCUAAAGAUCAGUGCUAGCACCAGUGAGGCAUCUUGCUUCUGGUAUCAUCAGUAUUGUAACAGACAUAGCCUUUUCAUCUUAAGACAAAGUAAUAGAAUAAUUGUCAUGAAUUAAACCUUCUUGUGGUAGAGAUGUUGUUCUUAUGUUGCAGGAUCUUGAUGGUGUUGAGGAGUUUAUCAGAGAAAAUCAUGAAAAGCUGGUGGCUAUUGGAGAGGUUGGUUUAGAUUUUACCCCAAGAUUUAUAAGCAAAGAGGAAGAUAAAGAUGUACGGAGAGAGGUGUUCAGCUGGCAGAUAAAACUUGCCCAAGAGCUUGAUCUCCCUUUAAAUGUCCAUUUCCAAUCAGCAGGGAGGCAUGUGAUUGAAUUGCUACAAGAAAAUGGUGCCAAGAAUGUUCUGCUGCAUGCAUUUGAUGGGAAACCUUCCAAUGCUCUCAGGGGCGUUCAACAAGGAUACUACUUUUCCGUUCCACCAUCUGUAGCUCGCUCACCAGAGAAAGAGAAGCUUGUGAAAAAUGUCCCGCUCUCAAAUCUUCUACUGGAAACAGAUUCACCAGCACUGGCUGCUGAAAAACAGACAAGGAAUGAACCUAAGAACAUCUACAUUUCGUGCGAGGCAAUCUCAAGGAUCAAAGGAAUUCCUAUGCAGACAGUUUAUGAAGAAACCACAAAAAAUGCUCUGAAGUUGUUUCCCAAACUCCACAGAUUUAUUAGGAAGUGAUUUAAUGAGCAAUCCAGAUUGAAUUAACAAAAUUAACAAAAUUAUUUAAUAUGGUGAGUGGAAUGUUGCCUGUGAACAGGCUUCAGCUUGAAGGGUCUGACAGUGGCUGGAAGGGUCUGACAGCGACUGGAAGGGUCUGACAGCAGCUGGAAGGGUCUGACAGCGGCUUGAAGGGUCUGACAGUGGCUGGAAGGGUCUGAAAGGGAGUGGAAGGGUCUGACCACGGCUGGAAGGGUCGGACAGUGGCUGGAAGGGCCGAGAAAGAACUGGCUGAGAGUGGAGUGGAAUGGGAUUUAGGGAGUGAUCAACAAGUAAUUUUAAAAUUGCCAACAUCAUACAGCAAUGACAAUAUUAUUAUUUAAGAAAUAGAAAACAUGUA